AUGGACGUACGUCUUUUUGUUAUUUUAGUAUUUUCCUUCAUAGUAUCUUCGUUUGGACAAACUACCUCCACAUUGAAGAGUUCUAAGUUACCUACUGGUGAAAAUGUAGCCGUCAAUGAAGCUAGUCAAAAUGCAAACCAGCAGCCUAUACCUCCACUUCUUAGUGCAUUAAAACUUGAUAAACCUCAACUCCAAUCCAGUAAGCUUACUGGAUCACCAUCAACUGUAACUACCUCACCAAUACUAUCAUCUCUAUCAGAUAGGUCUUCAGUUUCCUCUGCGACAACUUCUUCUCCACCUCGCCUAAUAGCUACGCCUACUACACCUCCGAAUUCUCAAAAAUUCCCUAUAUCACACACUACAACGCCAAGCCCUCCUGUCACACCAGCCCGUCAUAUUGCACCAAUACCUAAUCAGUAUUCUUUCCUAAGUGCUCCAGCACAUCGCGUACACCCUUAUGAUCCCUGUGCACCUUAUGUUCCGCCACCUAAGCCAGACUUCAGGGCGCCUGGUAGAAGAGUCAGUGAAAUGAAAUGUUUCGAAUAUAUUUGGCAAUUGAAAAUGCGAAGCGAUAAGGCAGGACAAGAAAACGAAUGUUAUGAAAUGAGGUCCAGGGGUAUGUCCUAUUAUGUUGUUGGAGGUCACUAUACAUUUACAGGAGACUACCCUAAUAUGGGUGCCAUCGGAUGGAAAGAGGUCAUAGGAACAUGGAAGUUCAUGUGUGGAUGUACACUUAUUAGUUCAAGAUUUGUGCUUACUGCUGCCCAUUGCUCUAAAGCAUCGUCAAGAGAUACCACCAUCGAAGAUGUAAUACCGAAAAUAGUGAGACUAGGAGAUAAGAAUAUACAGGAUACUGUUGACGACAGAUAUGACGCAACUAUCAUCGAAAUUAUCAACCAUCCCAAGUAUACGGCACCAAAACAGUAUUUCGAUAUCGCCGUUAUGAAACUUGGAGAAGUGAUAGAGUUUAACAUGAACAUACAACCAGCUUGCUUAUGGACCAAGGAUAGUAUCACCAGGUAUGGUGAUCAAGCCCAAGUUACUGGAUGGGGUGUUAUAGAGUCAGGUACUCUGAGGACGUCACCGGAGCUCCAAGCAGCAACCGUGGACAUAAUUGACUUCCAUCAAUGUAACAAGCUGCUGAAAAGGUCUUGCAAUAGAAACUGGUGUGGCCUUCAGCCUGAUCAGCUGUGCGCCGGCAAAAUGGGAGGAGGUGUUGAUGCUUGUCAGGGUGACUCCGGUGGUCCACUCCAAGUAAAGAUUCCACUUCCAAUUUUAAAUCAGGGAACUAUGCACUACGUGGUAGGUGUGACAUCAUUUGGUGUAGGGUGUGCGCUGCCAGGUUUACCAGGAGUGUACACUAAGGUAGCAAAAUUCGCAGACUGGAUAGAAAGUGUUGUGUGGCCAGAGGUGAACGCCACUAUUUCUUUUAAUGACCUCAAAGAUGGGUUGACGACGCCGAUGUCACCGGUAACACCGAAAUCAUCAACGGAAAUACCGCCAACGACACCGAUACCGCCCACGAAGCCGGUUCCACUGGCGACGGUGCCGACAACUACAACGAUUUCACCUAUAAUUCGAUUUAGAGAUUAAACCAGAUUACGUAAAAUGUAGGUAAAGUUGAAUAAUACUCCGAAAUGAUUUCCUAUAUGAAGACUGAUUUUGUAAAUAUAACAUACGUUUAUAAAUA